UUCUGUCAUUGCCUCGACGGAGAACUUGGCACUGAACGACAGACGUCCGAUUGAAUCAGGCAUGGAGUUCGCUUCAGUUUAAUCCGCAGUGGAGUGGAGGAACUGUAUUAGCCUCUUCCUUUGGCUUCUUAGGGUUGCACAGGAGGAGACCUCGCCAUGGUUCUCGCACUUGAUUUACAGGAAUUUAUUCUCCGGGCAAGAGUGUUGAAACUGUAUAGGCAGGCUUUAAGAACUACUCGCAAAGCUCCUGUUCACGCUCGAGAAGAACUGAGGCAUACGAUCAGACAAGAAAUGGAAAACAACCGCAGCUGCAGUGAUAGACAGAAGGUUAGAUUUCUGCUCAGUGAAGGAAUAGAGAGAUUAAAGCGUUUAGAUGAGAUGUUGGAUAUGCAGGGCCAUUCAUAAAGAGAGUUUUUAAGUUAAAUGUUUUUCAUCAUCUUCCUCCUCAAUCACUAACUGUUCGCUAUUGGGAUGAAGGGUCGUUUUAAAUUUCUGCUACUUUUGUAUUGUAUGAUGAUGAGAGUGAAGUCCAAUAUUUGGUUAAUGUUAUGAUCUUAUCAUAAUUUUCCAUCA